GGGAAGAGGGAUAAGGAAGAGGCUUCAAUUGCCGCUACUGAGCUUGCGCCUUCUGCCCGCCGCGCAGACUCAGUAGCGCCCCCUCGGGAAACCCAGAAGCGCGGGGCCCCCGGCGGCGGAAAGCGAAGACCCCUGCCCACCUGCCCGGCGUUGUCAUGGCGCCGCCUUCGCGCUUCGCCGGGCCUAGCCGCCUGGCCCGGGUCUCCCGCUGCGUCUCGUUCAGCGCCUCCCACCGGCUGCACAGGUGCCGGGGAGCGGGGAGGGAGCCAAGAAGCGCCCCUCUUCGGCUGCUUGCUGGGAACGAGAGGGCAGCGGGCGAGCGGAGGGCGCGCUCAUGCGCGGGGGAGGGGGCUUGCGUAUGUAUGUAUGUAUGUAUGUGUAUGUAUAUGGGGAGGGGACGUGCGCUUCCUCCCUUUGCACCAAGACUCUGUUUUCUUUGCAGCAAGAUCGUGGCUGAGAUUCCCGAUUAAGGUUAAGGGAGGUGGUGGCUCUGAGCAUGUGCAAAGUGCUGCCCGAAGAAGCAGUAAGGAGGCACCCCCUAUACAUAUCCCCUCUAUAUGGAGCCGUUCUGUGUGUGUGUGUGUGUGUGUGUGUCCGUGCGUGUGAAUUUUUUUUGGCUCCAGGGCUCCACCGCAGAAUGGUUGGUCAUCCCAAAAUCGAGCUCUAAGCAGGCUUUGUGAAGUUAAGGGGGAUAGAAAGGAUGUGGGGCUUCCAAGCUCCCUUUGCUGCAGAGCAAGGUAAAUGUGCUGUUUUGAUGGGUCAGGACUGGGUUCAAGGCACAGGUUUCACUUAGACUAGGGCUGAACCCCAGCACCUGUUUGCAGUACCAAAGUGUGUUAUGCAUCCUCCCCACUCGCCACUGAGCAACCAUUAUCUAAAUUGCAUAGGUAAAGGUAAAGGGACCCCUGACCAUAAGGUCCAGUCAUGACUGACUCUGGGGUUGCGGUGCUCAUCUUGCUUUAUUGGCUGAGGGAGCUGGCAUACAGCUUCCAGGUCAUGUGGCCAGCAUGACUAAGCUGCUUCUGGCGAACCAGAGCAGCGCAUGGAAUCGCCGUUUACCUUCCCGCCGGAGCGGUACCUAUUGGUCUACUUGCACUUUGACGUGCUUUUGAAUUGCUAGGUUGGCAGGAGCAGGGACCGAGCAACGGGAGCUCACCCCGCGUUGCUCGGUCCCUGCUUCUGCCGACCUAGCAGUUCAAAAGCAUACCUGGUACUAAUUCAUCCCUCUUUCCAAAGCAUGAUGAUGACGACGACACACAUUUGUGUUUCACAGUAGCCAUGUAAAAGAGGAGAAGUGGAGAUUUGUAUUUCCACACAUGCAGUGGACAUAAACUAGGGUGAUGCACCCAGCUGUGGGGCUUCAUAGUUAUUGGGGGGGCAUGGAGGGAAUGAUACACUCUUCCCUUUUUCCUUCUGUCCCUAAACCUGAAGAGGGCCUGUGACUCUUCAGCUUUUCCCAUCCUUACACAUCUACUAAGAAAUACUCAGUGUACUACUCGGUGGGGCUUACAUCUGAGUAAAUAUUUUUAGGGUUGGGCUGUAAUCCUUACAUGUGAAAAUGUGCCCCAAAUUAUUUCUUCAGCUAUUCAAUCAGCUCUUUCAGUCCUUUUUAAAAAAAAUCUCUUGACUAAUUUUUUUGCCUCUUAACUUUCUUUUAUUGUGGGUUGUCCUUGAAUCAGUCUUGAAUGACUCCAGUGUUUUAAAAAUUAUGCAUUUUACAACUUUGGAAAGGAACUACUGGUUACGAAAGUUCAGCCCUCUUGUGACGCUUCUUAGUCAGAAAAGAUAAGGGACAAAAACCUCUUGUUUAUUCUCUGGAGAUGGGCAUGUUUAGAAUAAGACCCCAUCCAGAAACAUGUGUAAAACUCACGUUAAAACUGUAGCAAAAACAAAAGUUGCCCCACCAGGUUAGUGAGAAAGCACGUGUGUAUGCAUGCACACAUGUUUUCACAUGCUUAAAUUGGUGAAACUGGAUUAGUAACAAGCUCUUUAAUGCACUUCUCCACAGUAACUUGCUGAGUGAUGAAGAAAACAAGAAACUUUUUGGGAAAUGCAAUAACCCCAAUGGACAUGGGCACAACUACAAAGGUGAAGACCAGCUAAUCUGAGCACUCAUGUACAGCCAUACCUGUGUGUAGUUUUAAAACUCAUGACAUUAGAAUGAGAUUUGAUCCUGGGCUUACUAACUUAAGCUCUACUAAGCUACGACUUGUUGGUACUUAUGCCUGAUAAACUUGCUGUAUUCCAUUGGGUAUAUAAUGCAGGAGAUAUUCCUGUGUGGGUGAUAAAUCCUUUGCAGGAACUUCUUAUGCUUGAAAAACUCAGUGAGAAUUCACAUCUCAGUAGCUGAGCAAGUGCUUUGCACACACAAGUUUCCAAAUUCAAUCCCACACAUCUCCCAAGUGGAAACUGUGGAGAGCCACUGCCAGUCAGUACAGAUGAUAAUGAUCUAGAUCCUGGAUGUCCCACCAGUUGACUGCUAUCAACAGGUCGAUCCCCGGGUGCUAGCAGUCGAUUGCAGUAGAUCAUGGGCUCAUUUUCCUCUGCGUGGGAAAAAGAACAUCUGGCGAUUGCCAAAAUAAAGCUGCACGUUUUAUUGUUUACUGAGCAAUCGUUUGUGGAGCCCCCCUAAGAAAGCUCAACAACUUUGGUCCCCCCCCCCCCCAAAUGAGUAGAUCACUGCCAUUUGUUUAUACUGGGAGUAGAUCUCAGUCUUUCAGAGUUGGACGUCCCUGAUCUAGGUGAACCAAUGGUCUCCCUCAGCACAAGGCAACUUCCUGCAUCCUUGUGUUUUAAAUUUGAGGAGGGGAUGCUCAGCUAUGUGAACCACUCCCUACCCAGCCCCCCCCACCUUGAUUCUGCUCACAUUCUACAGCUCAGAUGGGAGUGAUUUGGAGGGCUGGGUGGGGGAGAGAAACCCACCCCCAGGGGACUCUUGAAUCACAAGACUACCCCAUAUGGGGCGGGUGUGCUCCUCCAGUAGCUUUUCAUAAGUAGGCCUUCAAAUAAACCCAGCCACAAACUGAUGUAUGUUCUCCCUGUUGAUUUGCAUGUGGGAGGUGGGGAGGAAUAUUUGGAAGGCUGCUUCUGGGGAGCAGCAGUCCACCCACCACAGGACAUCCUUUUGCCAUAAUGGACACUCUCCCCCCCCCCCAUAGGGUGGGCUUUUUCUCUCAACACCAGUUUUUUUACCAGGAGCAGUCCUCAUUAUUCUGAGUAUUUGUGUGGGGUUUUUUUGUUUUGUUUUGCAAGCAUUUGUUUUGAGUACUCAGAAAAGUUGUGGAAACUGGGUGCUUGCAAAAACACAGUUAGGUAAAUGCAAAAUUGAUCGUUAUGCUCUUGUAUUGCUAGUUAAAUUCAACAGAGGAGAAGUGUCUGAAAUGGCUUUUCCAUAUAAUAGUGCCUCUUUGUGGCAGAAAAUUAGAGGUGUUACCGGUAUUUUGAAAGCAAAGAUGUAGGGAGAAAGGGUUCUUUUUUGAAAACUUUUGGCUGAACUUGAUGAGUAUCUCUAUGUAUGUCAUCAUAAUUGAUUUGAAACUCACUGUGACUUCAUAUUUUUCUUCUCUUUCUGCUUCCCCUCCCCAGUGGAAGUAACUGUACACGGAGAGGUAAGUGUAAACUUUUCAAGGGUUUUGAAGUACAUUUCAGAUUGUUUGGCACCAAUGUGCCAUUUUUUAGAUUCUAGAUAACAACCAACCUGGGUUUUAUCCAGUCUUUAUUUUGCAACAUUUUGGUGAGUCACAGCCCAUAUUGUGCCUUUUGGAUUUCAGCCUAGAAAGAGGAAGCUAUUCUCAGUGAGUGCUAGUCGUGAGGGCAGAAAAAGGGAUUUCCUUCAUAUUGUGGGAGUGACUCAUAAGAACAUACACAGAUCCCUGAAGGAUCAGGCCAAAGCAUCCUGUUCUCACAGAGGCCACCAAGAUGCCUGUUACGGGGAACCUGCAAGAAGGCCCUCAGAGCAACAGCAUUCUCCCUACCCACAAUCCUCAGCAAUUAGUGUUCAGAAACAUAUUCCCUCUGACAGACUCAGUCAUAAUUUUGAAUUUCCAAAAUUUCCAAGGCACAAAACUGUUUGUCUUGUACAUCCAGGAUUUUCUUCCUUUCUUCCAAGGUGUGGUGCGUCACCCUCUGACCUCAGAACUCACCAUGGGGACUGGGCAUCAUGCCCAAGUGAAGUUUUAGGAUUAUCUCAGCACUCAGAAGCCUGCUUUCAUGUAUACUUUACCUUGCAAUGCCUGCAGUUGUUUUUUCUUACUCAGAUAUGUGAAACUGGUGCUGUGAUGGUUAUUGUCAUGGAGAGGUGAAGGCAAAAUGGUCCAGAUUAUGCCAGUGCUCAGUAGCAGAACAUAGAAACCUGUCUUGAGUCAAACCAUUUUUCCAUCUAGCUCAGUAUUGUCUACACUGACUGUCAGCAGCUCUGCAGGGUUUCAGACAUGGAGUUUGUCCCAGCCCUACCUAGAGAUGCCCAGAAUUGAACCUGGGACCUUCUGCAUGCAAAGCAGAUGCUUUAUCACUGAGCUACUGUCCUUCCCCUGCUUUGCACACAGAAAUUCCCAGGUUCAACACUCCCACAUCUCCAGCUGAAAGGUUUUAGGUAGCCAGUGGUGGGAAAGCCCCGUGCUUGGAACUCUGUCUACCAGAGUAGACUAUGGGGCUCAGUGGGCCAAUGGCCUGGAUCGGUAUAGAGAGUUCCUUGUUAGGGGUUCUGAAGAGUUACAAUGGGCACAAAGCUCCAAACAUUCCCCAGAUCAUACUGUCUUUUUCUUACGAGAUCUUAUUACCUAAAAAAUGCCCAGGAAAAAAAUGAUUUGAUGGCUUAGAUCCAGUUGUACUGGGAAUCAGAUAAAACGUCUUUUAUCUGAGAGAUGUCAAGUUUUAGAGAGUAAAAUACUGAUGCUGCUGUCUUGGAUAGAUCUAGCCUGUGACUUGUAGGAAGGAGAACUUCCUAAAGCAAAAGAAGAGCAAUUCCUUUGAAACAAUUUCUCUUCUCUUCUCUUCUCUUCUCUUCUCUUCCCUGCCCUGUACCCUUUCCUAGUUUUGAUUCCAACAACAAGCUUUGUGUUAACAAACUUGAACAGAAGAAACUUCUGUCCAGCACCAGAAAUUCCAGAGAGCCUUCCUUGAUUUAUUGCUGCUGUUGAGGGUGCUGUGAUGUUGCUUGCAGAUCGUGGCUACAAAGUCCUAGCAAAUCUCAUAAUGCAGAGCUCUCUGUUCACUCACCCAUUGCACCAGACCAAAGUCCAGUGUACUUGGCAAGCUGUGAGCUUCAGAAAUCUUACAUUUUGGCUCUCAACAGAGUGGCAAGGCCUUCUGUUGCUGCUGAUUUUUGAAGAGGGGCUAUGAGAGGAGCGGUUUAGCAGCAUGAGAUUUCGGAUACCAAGUUGUGUGCCUUUCUUUGGACUAAGACUUAGAGGUAGUCACCGAUAGGCAAAUAUCUCUGCUGUUUAUGUUAUGGAAAACAUAGCUAUUUGCUUCUCGUCAGGCUUAAGAACAUAAGAAAAGUCCAUCUGGUCCAGCACUCUCUGUUCUCCUUUGGCAUCUGGUUCAAGCUCUGUCCUUGUUUUGUAGAUUGAUCCUACUACUGGGAUGGUGAUCAACCUCACAGAUCUGAAAGACUACAUGGAGGUAAUAAUGCCCUAUUUUUUAUAGUAGAAACGUUGUCUGCAGUACUCCCCCAGCCCCCAGCUCAGUGUAUGCUGCAGGGAAUAGUGGGUUGUGGGGGCAGGAGGCUGAUGCAGGAGAGAAACAUGACUGGGAGAGCAAUGAACACAACCCGAAAGCUUUUGCAUUUUCCUUCAGACAGGUAGAGGAAAAGAGGCAAGGGAUGCAUCAGUCCUCCUAAACUAAGGCCAGAGGGCGGGGGAGAGAGAGCAGAGCAGUUGCUUGUCUUUCACGAUCUGGAAAAGGAGGAAAUUCCUCCAGAUCAAUCAGUGUUACACCUUAUAAUCCAAGCAGUGAACUAUUCAUCUCCCGUUUUGCUACAACCUAAGAAGAAACGGCCCGUUGAAACAGUUAUGCAUCAUUGCAGACCUGUAAUAAGAACCAACAUCAUUCUUAUUUACGUUUUAUUUAUCAUUUAUUUUUAUUACUCCCUUUUUCCAGGGAGCUUACGGUGUCUUAGGUUUUAUCCUCAGAACAACCCUGUGAGGCAGGCGAGGCUGAGAGACGGUGAUUGCCCCAACGUCAUUCAGUGAGCUUCCUGGCUGAGUGGGGAUUUCAACCCUGGCCUUCCAGGUCUUAGUCUAACACUACUAUGCCGCACUAGACAUGGACAUAACUGUUUAACCUCCUUUCCUCUCUAUCCUUAGGAAGCUAUCAUGGAGCCUCUUGAUCACAAGAAUCUGGAUAAAGAUGUUCCCUACUUUGCUGAAGUCGUAAGGUAGGGGAGCUUUCUGCCUCUCAUUAUGAACUGGGGCUGUUGAGUUCCUCUUACACAGCAGGUCCUUUUUUGCUUUUUUAUCAUUGAAUUGUGGGAAUACUGUGGACCUAACUGAAUUUUGAGUUCAUUUGACAAAGUCCUCCGUGAUAUUUUGGGUAGCAGGCAUGUUCAAUACUGUCUUGAUCAGGGGUUGGCAAUCUGUGACCCUCCAACAUGGUCAGGGAUGAUGGCAGUUGUGGUUUAGCAGUCCCUGGAGCAGUAUCUAAAUGGCUCAGGACCGUCUCUUUCCAUUUGCACAUACCCAGACCCUGAGAUCAUCUUCUGAGGCCCUUCUUCGUGUGCCCCCUCCUUGAGAGGUCUGGAGGGUGGCAACACGAGAACGGGCCUUCUCUGCAGUGGCUCCCCAUCUAUGGAAUGCUCUCCCCAGGGAUGUUCGCCUGGCGCCUUCAUUAUACACCUUUAGUCGCCAAGCAAAAAUGUUCCUUUUUAACCAGGCCUUUGGUUGAUCUGAUUUACAUCCUAUGCCCUUUUAAAAUGUGGUUUUUUUUGGGGGGGGGGGCUAUUGGGUUGUUGUUUUUAUUUUUAUUACGUAUUUUGUGGUUUUAUAUCUUGAUUUUAUUCUGUGAACCGCCCUGAGACCCCCGGGUAUAGGGCGGUAUAUAAAUUCAAUAAAUAAUAAUAAAUAAUAAUAAUAAUGGAGGGCACCAUAUGUCCCAUAUCUAGGUACGUGAUAAUGUGGUCAGCUGGGUUCGCAGCGGGUUGGAGAACCAUACUCAAGAGAGUGUUUAUCCAUGGUCUUCAUCAAACAGGAGGGAGGGUUCAAUUCAGGUGCCACAAAGCUCUGUCUUAAUCCUGGGACUCCAUAUUUUUUUAUUUUCAGUUGCUUAGAUUGAUAGGGGUUGGGUGGGAUCCUUAUCUUACUUGCAGAUGACACGAUACUGGAAUGGGAUUGCUAACAUGUCAGAGGACAACAACAGAUUAAAAAUGGCAAUUAAACAACAAUUAAAAAUGGCCUAGACCAAAUGGUAAUUGGGCCAAAACAACCAAAAUGAAAUUUUGCAUAGGUAUAGAGGGGAUACCUGGCUUGGCAGUAAUAUUUUAUUUAUUUAAAUCUAAAUUUAAUUUAAUUUAAUUUAUUUAAUCCCCACUCAGCCAUGAAUCUCACUGUGGCCUUGGGCCAGUCACAUGUGUGAAAAGGAUCAUGGGGUUGUAGUUGGUCUCAAGCUGGACAUGUGUUAGCAGUGUGGUGCUCCUGUCUAAAAGGCUCAUGCAAUUUCAGGCUGCAUUAACGGAAUCGUAGUUUCCAAGUCACAAGAAGUAACAGCUCUACUAAUUAGGCAUAAUUAGGCUGAACUAAUUAGGCAUAAUCUGGAAUAUUGUGUCUAGUUGUGGGUGAUGCACCUUAAGCAGUGUCUGGACAAGCUGGAAAUGGUUCAGAGGAGGGCAACAUAGAGGAUCAGCGAUAUGGAGAAUAUGCCCUAUGAGGAAAAAUUGAAGGAGCUAAGAAGGUUUAGCUUGGAUAAGAGAAGACUGGGGGCCAGAGGGACGUCACAGCCCUCUUCAGAUUCCUGAAGGAGUUGUCGCAAAGAGGGAAGGACUAGAUCUAAUGGCCGUUGCACAAGAGAGGGCAGGUUUUGGCCGAUCAUUAGGAGAAGCUUCUUGAGGAGGUCAACAGUGGUAAUUUUAUGGGACAUUUUAUGUAGCUAGAAGUCUUUAAAUAGAGCCUGGACAUCCAACUGUUUGGGGGGGGGGGGCGCAGGGAAGGCUUGUUCUAUGGAUUCCUUUCACUGAGCAGAGAUUGGACCAGAAGACUUCCAAGGCCCCCACCAGCUCAAGGAUCUUGUGACCAUUUUUUUUACACUAUAUAGGCAGAUUAAUGUCACUUGCCAUUCUUUUGUGCAUGUCCCAUUGGGUGGGAAAUCUGUGUAUGCAAUGCUUGUGGCCCUUUCCAACUCCGUACUCUUGUUAGACUUCAAACCUUCCUCAGCAGUAUAUUCUAAUGCAAGCGCCCAGAUAAUCUGUUUUGGAUGAGUGCAAAAAACUUUCUAAGCUUAUGCAACUCAAAAGUGAAUCGGUGAAAAUACUCAAAGAAGCACAGGGGUGGACAUCAAGGGUACAUCCAUAAAGGAUUCUUGUAGAUCGUUGUGCAGUGAUCCACAGCAGCUUCUCCCUCUGGUGUAGGCAUGUCCUGAGUGUCUGUGAAGAUGACAGAAAUCUAACUAGAAGGGCAGAAUGGCUAACUCACUGUUCUUUCUUGCAGCACUACAGAGAAUGUUGCUGUGUACAUCUGGGAAAACCUCCAGAAGCACCUUCCUAAGGGGACUCUUUAUAAAGUCAAAGUGUAUGAAACAGACAAGAACAUUGUUGUUUACAAGGGAGAGGGGACUGUUCUGGAGAAAUGAAGAUGCCUUUGUCUUGAUGCCUUUGAUCUAGUGCUGGUGAAAGAACCCAAUCAACUGGAGGAUUAAUAAGCUUUAUCUGCUAAGUGUAGCCAUGAGAAAUCUAGAAUGUAUCUUAUUUGUUAAAGAUAUGCUAUAACAGAAAGACAGCAAGGCUUUUGUGAAGGAAGUGAAUCUUUUGUGCAGUUCUGUGCUGUUGGAAUUAGUUGCUGUCUUGAUGUGUCAAAGUGUCCUCUAUUUUUCUAGAUAGUGAGAAAGAUGUAGCUUCUCUGCCCUUUUGUAUCUGUUUCCGUUUACAUGGCACAAGAGAAGAGUCACACCAAUUCAAGAUCCUGAGUACUUACAGUCAUACCUCAUGUUACGUCCUCUUCAUAUUACGUUCUUUCAGGUUAUGUCCCGCAGCGACCCGGAAGUACUGGAAGGGGUUACUUCCGGGUUUUGCUGCUCGCACAUGCACGCAAAAUGAUGUCAUGCACAGAAGCGGUGAAUUGCAACCCGCGCAUGCGCAGAUGUGCCACUGUGGGUUUCGUUCUUUUCAUGUUGCGAACGGGCCUCCAGAACGGAUCCCGUUCACAACCAGAGGUACCACUGUAUCCCGUCUGGCAGCAGCUUUUCAUGGUCUAAGGCAGAGAAGGUGUUUCACUGAUCCCAUUUUCUCAGUGGUAGGGGGACCUCCAGCCCACAGGCCUCAUUAGACCUGGAACAGAUCCCAUGUUUGGCCUGCAAGGCCAUUUCCCCCAAAUCAGAGGCAUCCUCCCCCCAUCUGAUGGAAUAUGUGGCACCAUGUGUGUGGCAGUUAAGGACUUGACUCUAGAGGAACAAUUGGGGUACUUAAUAUGAGCUCCCAAUUGCUCCUUGCCAAGUGGGGCUCGCUGACAGCUGAUUAGCACUGAUAGAGAUCCUCAUUGGGAUCGGCUGCUCCAGGCUGUUCCCCAAUGGGAGCUCCCUAGUGCAGCUCAGGGGGCCUUAUUGAUAGCUGGAGAUCCCAUGGAUUAAACUUGGGAUCUACAUAGAAAGCAUGUCCUCUCCCAUUGAGUUGGCCAUGGACUUUUCCCUUUACUCCUAUCAGGGUCCCCAGUUCAGAUCUUACGUCUGCCAUGAUUUUAGGCUAUGUUCACACACCACUUCUCAAAUUGAUGCAGACCGAGCGCUUGGUUUUUCUACGUAGUCCACACACAAUCGACCUCUGAUGCAUAUUUUUUUUGCCCCUGAAAAACACUAAUUGAGAAAACUGGUUUUACUCCAAAAAUAAAAGGUCGUUGCAGACUGAGUCUGCAUUACCCUGCAGUGUGUCCAUUUGAAAACAUGUAGGUGGUCCCAGAUAUGUGUGUGUUUGGAGCAGGGCAGCUACACCCAUCCAAUGAUAUCGUGGAUGGGUGUAUACAAAGAUUGCUGUCACCAUUCUCUUCAUUCAUUGGGGCUUGUGCAGGGAGGAUAAUCAUCAUCAUCAUCAUCAUCAUCAUCAUCUUCUGCCGCUCCCAGCUAGUCACCAGUCUAGCUGCCGCAUUCUGGAUUAGUUGUAGUUUCCAGGUCACCUUCAAAGGUAGCCCCACAUAGAGCGCAUUGCAGUAGUCCAAGUAAGAGAUAACAAGAGCAUGCACCACUCUGGCGAGACAGUCCAUGGGCAGGUAGGGUCUCAGCCUGCGUACCAGAUGAUAAACAGCUGCCCUAGACAGAAUUGACCUGUGCCUCCAUGGACAGCUAUGAGUCCAAAAUGACUCCCAGGCUGCGCACGUGGUCCUUCAGGGGCACAGUUACCCCAUUCAGGACCAGGGAGUCCUCCACACCCACCCGCCUCCUGUCCCCCCCAAAACAGUACUUCUGUCUUGUCAGGAUUCAACCUCAAUCUGUUAGCCGCCAUCCAUCCUCCAACUGCCUCCAGACACGCACACAGGACCUUCACCGCCUUAACUGGUUCUGAUUUGAAAGAAAGGUAGAGCUGGGUAUCAUCCGCAUACUGAUGAACACCCAGCCCAAACCUCCUGAUGAUCUCUCUCAGCGGCUGCAUGUAGAUGUUGAAAAGCAUGGGGGAGAGGACAGAACCCUGAGGCACCCCACAAGUGAGAGCCCAGGGGUCUGAACACUCACCCCCCCCCCCACUUUCUGAACACGACCCAGGAGGAAGGAGCGGAACCACUGUAUAACAGUGCCCCGAGCUCCCAGCCCCUCUAGACAGUCCAGAAGGAUGUUAUGGUCGAUGGUGUCAAAAGCCGCUGAGAGAUCCAGCAGAACUAACAAACAGCUCUUACCUUUUUCCCUAGCCCACUGGAGAUCAUCAACCAGUGCGACCAAGGCAGUUUCAGUCCCAUGAUGAGGCCUGAAUCCCGACUGGAAGGGAUCCAAAUGGUCCGCUUCUUCCAGGCAUGCCUGGAGUUUUUCAGCAACCACUUGCUCAAUCACCUUGCCCAAGAAUGGAAGAUUUGAGACUGGGCGAUAGUUGACCAUAUUGGCAGCAUCUAAAGAUGGUUUUUUAAGAAGUGGUUUGAUAACCUCUUUUAGUGGGUCUGGGAAGGCUCCCUCACAGAGAGAAGCAUUCACCACCCCACGAAGCCCAUCGCCCAGCCCUUCCCGGCUAGCUUUUAUAAGCCAGGAUGGGCAAGGAUCAAGGAGACAGGUGGUUGGUUUCACUCGUCCAAGCAGUCUGUCCACAUCCUCGGAGGUAACAGAUUGGAAUUGAUCCCACGCAACUUGACUAGACAGGACUCUAGCACUCUCCUGCCCCGGCCCUGCUCCCACGGUGGAGUCUAUCUCUUCCCGAAUCUGACCGACUUUAUCUGCAAAAAACUUUGCAGAAUCAUUGCAGGAGAUCAUGUGGCCUGUACUGGGCCCCGAUGUAGCAGGUGGUUCCGCUAAAUUGCGAGCCACCUGAAAAAGUCUCCUGCUGCUGUUUUCUGCAGAUUCAAUAGAGGCGGUGAAGAAAGUCCAAGGGAGGUUUUUCAAAGUAUCAAGUAACCACAGCCACCCUUGUGCAUGGCAGUAUGUGGAACUGAUCUACACUGAAAGCAGCAUGUUGUAGAUGAGCGUGAACAAUUCCAGCCUCAGAAAAACUACACUUUUGCACUUCAAAUGGGUUAGUGUAUACACAGCCUCAAAUGGUAGCUCUCAGCAAACCACACUUUUGAGUGUCACUCUUGGGAUAUGGGAAUAACCAGUGCUCUUUUCUUUCUUUUUUAAGUGCUGGUACUCACCAUGAAGUUGUUCCAGUAAGUGCCACACUUUUAACAUUGGGGGUUGGGGGAAGGUGCUGAUACUGCGUUCCCUUUAGUACCCCUAGGAAAAAAACCACUGGAAAUAACAAUUUCCCCCUUCCUUGCAGGGUUGUUGAAAGGACCACAGAGGUAAUGUAAUCAUAUAAAUGCUCUAUAAAAGCUACUUACGUUGUGUGCUGCUUCCACUAUGUGAUUCUCCUGACCAACAGUCAUUAAAUGUUGAUUUGUUAAUGGA